AUGUAUACCGACCUCUCUUCUUUCUACCCUUGCUAUGCGACUGACCGCAGUUUUUUAAAACUUAGGGUUUCCAAAAAUACCACCCCGUCCAAGGUGGCCAAACAAGCCACCAAGGCUACGACCCCGAAGCGACCCGCCACUACUAACCCGCCUCUUUCGCGCCUCAAUGAGCAGGACAUUCGUACGCUGUGGUUCUCGUUCCGCAACAAUGGCGGGACCAAGGUAAACAUACCAACGCUUGCUAUUCAAGCGUUUAUUGAUCUUGAUUCCCCUCCGGUCUUUUACCAUGAGAAAUUUGCUGAUUCUUUUAUGACAAUACAGAAUCCAAAUUUUGAUGCCCUGGGAAUGGAACUAGGAGUAUCAACUGCCGCAGCCAGAUGGCGUUUCUACAAGCUCAAGGCAAUCUUCGAGGGUGAAUCCGGGUCUCCCAAAAACGCAAAGACUGCCACACUCAAAAAGAAAACCAAGAAAGGUUCGAAGAGAAAACUCGGUGAGGAAUCCGAUGACGAGUGUGCAGCAAGCUGGAUCUUGAAGUCCGACGGGGACUUUGAUCAGAAGCCCGAGACAAGCGUCAAGGCCGAAACCCGGGCCGAUGUCAAGAAAGAGCCUGGUCUUGAUGUCAGGCCAGAGUCUGACACCCUUUGUAAGGGGCACUACGAUCUGACCAUGGAGUACGACGAUAUCUAA